AUGGAGAUGCGCCUCGUUCUCGUGGCGAUCUGCCUCCUUCUCGUCACCCCCAUCGCCGGCUCUUUCUGGACCGUUGGAAAUCAGGUGGUGAUGGACCCCAUGCUAAUUUGCAAGAAAACCAGGAGACUGAAGGGCAAGAUGGCGGACAUUUGCCGCAAGGAGCCCUCUCUGCUCAAGGAAAUCGCGAGGGGCGUCCAAGUGGGGACCAGAGAGUGUCAGUAUCAGUUCCGGAACCGGAGGUGGAACUGCACCACGAUCAGAAGAUCCCUCAGGAAGAUCCUACUGCGGGAUACGCGGGAAACGGGGUUCGUGAACGCCAUCACAGCAGCUGGGGUGACGUACGCAGUGACCAGAGCCUGCACCAUGGGUCACCUGGUCCAGUGUUCCUGCGACAAAAUGACGUCGAAAGGCAAUCCUCUCAGUAAAUUCGCAAGGACCGCCUCGCUGGAGAAGAGUCUGCCCACUGAGGGCGACUGGGAGUGGGGUGGUUGCGGGGACAAUGUGAAAUUUGGGUUCAAAAAGUCGCGAGACUUCAUGGACGCGCCCUACCGGAAACGCAGCGACAUCAAGACGCUGGUCAAGCUUCACAACAACAACGCUGGGCGACUGGCAGUGAGGGACUUCAUGAGGACGGAGUGCAAGUGCCACGGUCUUUCCGGUUCCUGCACCGUGCGCACCUGUUGGCGGAAAAUGCCGCCGUUCCGCGACGUGGGCAACCGGUUGAAGGAGUCGUUCGACGGCGCGGCGAAGGUGAUCCCCAGCAACGACGGGCACAGCUUCAUCACAGAGGGGCCGACUAUCAAGCCGCCGGAUCGGUUCGAUCUGAUCUACAGCGAGGAUUCCCCCGACUUCUGCAAACCGAACCGGAAGACAGGCUCCCUGGGGACCCAGGGUCGUCGAUGCAACUCCACCAGCCAGGGCGUCGACGGCUGCGAGCUGCUUUGCUGCGGCAGAGGGUACGACACCAGGAUCGUCAAGGAAAAGACCAAUUGCAAGUGCAGAUUUCGGUGGUGUUGCGAGGUCACGUGCAACACCUGCCUGGAGAAGAAGACUAUCAACACUUGUCGCUAG